AUGAAACUCUGUCACACUUUGAUCUGCUUCUUCUUCCUCUCCCUGCAAGGCGGAAGCCCCGGUCUCGUCAAUGCUGAAGGACAUCACAUCUAUAAAACUGAAGGAGCAAAUAUUACGGUUAAAUGCUUCUUCACUUUCUCUGGAAGCAGGAAGUACUUCUGCAAGCAAAAAUGUGAAGACCUCAUUCUCGUCAAUACAACCACUGACAGAGCUGAAAAUGGCAGAUACAGCAUUGAAUAUAGGAAAAAACAUUUGCUGUCUCAUCCUGUUCUGCUUGUGAACAUCACACAGCUGACAAAGUCUGACUCAGGAUGGUACCGGUGCGGUCUGGACAAAUCUUGGAUUCAAAACUCGUACAAGGACUUUGAGAUCAUUGUCACAGAUGCUUCAGACACUUCAGAACCAGACUGGACCCUCAGCUCCACUUUAGGAAGUUUCACACCUUUGUCAACUUCCCCUGAAACCACCACCCAGUCUGGGCUGCAGCAGACUGAGAGUAAAAAACAUUUAGAGCCACCUGUGGAAACACAGAACGCCACUGUCUCAGAGACCAACCGAGAGGAUGAGGACACCAGUGAGGACAGACAGAGCAGACCCCCCCCUCCUGUGGAAAUCUCCUCAAUUUACGGUUAUGUCAACUAUAGCAACUGUCCCACUGCAGCUGGUUCUCAACACAAAGCUGCUGCGGACGACUCGAGUAAACUCAGCUACUCUGUGGUGGAGUUUUCCAGAGUUUCCACCGCCUCACUCAACAGAACAACCCGUGCUAACGCCAAUGAUGGCAUCUACUCUGUGCUUCAGCUGACGGCGAACUCUGAUGCCAGCCACAAAGACGCUUCAUCACCUCUGUACUCUACUGUUACUUUCCCUCUGCAGUAACUUCAACCCCACGGUUACUCUCCCAUGACCAGCAGGUGAACAGGCAUGGGUCUGCAUGAGUAACAUUCACGCUAAAAUCUAUUUUUACUUGAGACAUCCUGUGAAAAGUUAUGGCUCUUUUAUUUGUAACUUCCACUUUUAAUUAAGCUUUUAAUUAAGAGGCUGUUUCCACCAAAACAUUUUUUUCCUGAG